AUGUUUGAUAGUCGCACUCGUCCAAUGCCUCGACUAUUGUUGCCUGGUGAUCAUGAAUACCGACGAUCUGCUACUUCAAUACCAACACAUCAAAAGUCUUUAUCAACUCCAUAUAAUAUAGAUUUAAAAAUAUGUAGAAACGGUCGGAAAAUGACUGAUUAUUCUGUCAUUGCAACUCAAUAUACUGAUACACUUGUAAAAUUAAAAAGAUUAAUUAUUAACGAUUUGUUAUUGCACGAUUUGACACCGACCGAUAUAUCUUUAGCUGUCUUUGAUGAUAUUACUGACAAAUGGGUUCCUGUGGAUGAUAGUAAUCCACAUCGAGAAUUACUCGCUUUAAAUAUAAAUGACUGGGAUUGUAUUAGCUUUGAAAAAAUUUCAUCAGCGAACUCUCUAUCAUCUUUGCACAAUGAUUACAAAACUAUUCUUGAAAUAAAAUAUACAAUAACAUUGAGGCUGUGUGAAAAAGCGUUUUCAAAAAAACAUUUUUCAUGUUUAUUUGAUUUACCAUUAUCAUCAACAAUUAAAUAUUUAAAGCAAAAAUCAAUUGAUAAAUUACAAUUAUAUUCUAUUGAUGAAAUGAAAACAACUUUAUUUGUAUAUGAUGAUAAUAAGAAAUGGACAGAAUAUGAUAAUAGUUUAGAUGAUUGUACAUUACAAGAAUUACAUUUUAAGGAUAGUACAUGGAUUAGUAUUGAUUAUAGUGAUACAGAUAUCAAGAAUAAUAACGAAAUCAAUAAAAUAACGCAUACAGAAAAUGGGAAGAAGAGUGAUCAUUCUCCUUCUCCUCGUCAGCGUUAUCCGCCUGGUUUAUGUGGGUUAACUAACAGUGGUAAUACCUGUUAUAUGAACAGUGCAUUACAAUGUCUUAGUAAUAUACCAGCAUUAACAGAUUAUUACUUGAAUUUAUCAUCUCCGAAUGAUGAUGGUGAUAAGGAUAAUCGUUCUGUUACUGAUGUAUACACUCAAUUAGUGAAACAAAUAUGGUCAGGAGACAAAUCGUCCCUAACACCAAAACGAUUGAAAAAAGCUAUCAGUAAACAAGCUGUCACAUUUGCUGAUAAUCGACAGAAAGACUCGCAUGAAUUUAUGAUUCUUCUUUUAAAUACAUUGGAGGCUGAAGCACAACAGCCAUCGAUAAUUGAUCGAUUAUUCCAUGGACAAAUAGCGUCUACUGUCAAGCAACAUUCGGAUGGUUACGUCGUCAUUUUUUGGGAAAGGGAUGUCUACAAAAAAGAACUUUUGAUGACGCAUGGAGGUAUCGGUCGAUAA